AUGCUGCCCAGCAUGGACAGAUCGGUGAAUGUGAUUCUGUUGGCUCUCGGCUUGACUGCUUUGUGUCUCGUGACUGCCCGUCAUGCGACUGCCUUCGUGGUGACACCGGGCAGUCAGCGCCCGUCCCAGCUGCAGCGACUUGGAAAUGCGGCGUCGCCCGUGGUUCCUUAUGCACCCGAGGAAGCAAGUGGUCCGCGAGAGCCGAGAACGAUGUAUCGUGUGCUGCUGCUCUUUGGUGCUGCGCCUGCCGGUGGAAAGGCACCAGUCGAGGAGGGCGCGCCUUCGGGGUGUACGAUCACAGCGAAACUCUGUCGCAAUUUCCCAGAGUACCAGCAGAGGCAAUUCCGGGAUGACCUCGGGGAGUCUCAUGUCAAUGCUGGUAGCAAUGAUGCUGCGUGUUUGAAAAGAGCAGAGGACUUCCACCAUUGGUGUGGCAACGGUGCCUCGGAUGAUGCGCAAGUUGCGGCAACUUACGGCGCUGAUCACCUCUCUCAGGUCUAUCAUCCUGGAGCCUGUCAUGCGGGAUGGUCGCAGUGGGAUGCCUUUUGCUACAAGCACUUCUGGGAGAAGAAAACCUGGUUCGAGGCCGAAGCCGCUUGCCGACAGUUCGGAGAAGGCUCCCACUUGGCCUCGAUUCAUUCUCGGGCUGAGAACCGAUUUAUCUACACGCUGACAAAUGGGCUCAGUACCUGGAUCGGCUACACCGACCUGGACCAAGACACACACUUUCAGUGGAGUGACAACACUCAGGACGAUUUCUCGAAUUUUGCCAAGAACUGUACCGGUCGUGAGCACGAGCCGGACUGUAAGCCAGAAGAGAGACAACAGCAGUGGUACGACUGGGAGGGGAAUGACAGAGGCACUUUCGUGUGCAAGCGGAAUGCCUUGCUUCCGAUGGCACUGCUGCGCAACGUGUCGGCGAGGACGCUGAUUUCGCGAAGCUGGGGAGAGCUACUUCCGGCCCUGGCGGCGGGUGCUGGACCAAGGAUUGGCCAGAACGAAACGCUGCCAGCCGUCAAGGUGGACGAAAUCACCAAGCCGCCCCUCCAAGAGCCCGCAGCUUCAAAGUCUGCUCCCGAGCCCCGCUUGGCAUUGCCAAAGGCUCGGAAAGCAGCUCAAGCACUUGACCCUCUUCUCCUCCGCCUCCCCAUCAUCCCCAUGCUGUCGCUAAGUUUUCUGCCGGCCACGGCCUUGGUGCGCUGGCCGCCGCCUCUGCCCUGGCUGCGCUGGCUGCACGCCGCCGGGGCGCGGGCCUCUCCGCCCUUUCAGAAUUUGAAGCGCCUGUGGGAGCUGUCGUUGCAUAGUGCCACAGCUAAGGUCGAAAUGAUGUCAAGACUCCGCGAGCCUGCUGCCGCAAUUGACUGCCCUAUCAGUGACAUGCUGCUAACGGGUGGUUGCAUCUUGCCAGGUUGUGAUGCAGGAAAGCAAACCAUCUUCUCGAACCGAAAGCAUGGUGAGAAGAAGGCAAGGAAGUGGGGCUUUGUGUGUGAUGCACUUCUGCAGGGUUGGGUUGCAAACAAGGACAAGAACAUUGACUUCAUGGAGAAGGUUGUCCGUCAGCAAUUGCACGGCCGAUUUCAGUUCCAGUUCGCGUCCCAACAUUUCUUCGAUGUUACGCCAAUGGGUUCCGGUAUGUCCCGGAACAAGCGAGAUUUCGGCAUCUACAUGAACCACGACUACGAUGACAUGUUCUACGUGCGGAAGUUCUUGGAGCCGGCGAAGUUCAAGAAGCUGGCGCUGGGAAACUGGGAGAUGCCGGAGAAUGCCCCGAGAGUCGCCACCAUGCAAGAGCUUGUAGAAGCAGGAGUCCAGUACGGCCACAAGUCGAACAAGUGGAAUCCGGCGAUGCUGAAGUAUCUCUAUGCCGAUAACGAUGUCCAGUGCCAAGAUCUAGUGUUGAGAUUCACAGGGAUGAGUCGAACAUGGAUGUUCGCCUCAGGAAGUGCAGAUAAAGUCAGCGGUGUAACUGUGCCACAUGAGCAUUUGCCAGAUGCUAGAAUACGAAGCUCGAUUGUUCUCCUUGUAGUGCCUCUGCAUGGUUGUGUUGUACAAUCUCCCGUGCGUCAUCACAGGUAG